UGUGUGUGUGUGUGUGUGUGUAUCCGUGUUUACGUUGGACGGGGGUCUGCGUGCCCUGUAUCGCAGCAUUCGCAGGGGGCAACAGAAAAGACAGCUGGUGGGUUUGAGAGAAACAGAAAACGUAAGAAAGAGAGAGUGGAGGGCCAACAGGCAUGCCAGUCAAGACCGUCACUUUUGGAGCAGAUGCUGGCAACAGUUUCCUCCGAGCGGCCCGUUCUGGCAACCUGGACAAGGCCCUGGACCAUAUCAAAAAUGGCAUCGAUAUAAACACAGCCAAUCAGAAUGGGCUCAACGGGCUGCAUCUGGCCUCAAAAGAAGGCCAUGUCAAAAUGGUGCUGGAGCUACUUCACAAUGGAAUCGUACUGGAGACCACCACAAAGAAAGGGAACACGGCCCUGCACAUUGCAGCCCUGGCGGGGCAGGAGCAGGUGGUCACAGAGCUGGUUAACUACGGGGCCAAUGUCAACGCUCAGUCCCAGAAGGGUUUCACUCCACUCUACAUGGCUGCACAAGAAAACCAUCUAGAGGUUGUGAAGUUUCUUCUGGAGAACGGAGCCAAUCAGAGCAUUCCAACUGAGGAUGGAUUCACUCCUCUCGCCGUCGCUCUUCAGCAGGGACAUGAGAAUGUCGUAGCCCUGCUCAUCAACUACGGCACCAAGGGAAAGGUCCGCCUCCCUGCACUGCACAUUGCAGCACGCAACGACGAUACACGCACAGCCGCAGUGCUUCUGCAGAAUGACCCCAAUCCUGAUGUACUCAGCAAGACUGGAUUCACACCCCUCCACAUUGCUGCACACUAUGAAAACUUGAACGUAGCUCAACUGCUGCUCAAUAGAGGAGCCAAUGUCAACUUCACCCCAAAGAACGGCAUCACUCCUCUGCACAUCGCAGCCAGACGGGGGAACGUGAUCAUGGUGCGACUGCUGCUGGACAGAGGAGCUCAGAUUGAUGCCAAGACCAAGGAUGAGCUGACUCCUCUGCACUGUGCAGCCAGAAAUGGUCAUGUCAGGAUUAUAGAAAUCCUGCUGGACCAUGGAGCCCCCAUCCAGGCAAAGACCAAGAAUGGCCUGUCUCCAAUCCAUAUGGCAGCACAAGGGGACCACAUGGACUGCGUCAAGCAGCUCCUGCAGUACAACGCAGAGAUUGAUGACAUCACACUGGACCACCUUACCCCUCUGCACGUGGCGGCACACUGCGGCCACCACCGCAUGGCCAAAGUGCUGCUGGACAAAGGGGCCAAACCCAACUCUCGUGCAUUGAAUGGGUUCACUCCUUUGCAUAUUGCUUGUAAAAAGAACCACAUGCGUGUGAUGGAUCUCCUGCUAAAACAAGCUGCGUCAUUAGAGGCUGUGACUGAGUCUGGCCUGACCCCCUUACAUGUGGCAUCAUUUAUGGGUCAUCUUAACAUUGUGAAGAUCCUGGUGCAGAAAGGAGCUUCCCCCAGUGCCUCCAAUGUGAAAGUGGAGACUCCUCUCCAUAUGGCAUCUCGGGCAGGACACUUCGAGGUGGCAGAGUUUUUACUCGAGAACGCAGCACCAGUUGACGCCAAGGCCAAGGAUGACCAAACACCUCUGCAUUGUGCCGCUCGGAUGGGCCACAAGGAGCUGGUGAAGCUGCUGCUGGAGCACAAAGCCAACCCCAACUCCACCACCACAGCAGGCCACACACCCCUACACAUCGCUGCCCGGGAAGGUCACGUACAAACCGUGCGCAUCCUACUGGAUAUGGAGGCUCAGCAGACCAAGAUGACAAAGAAAGGCUUCACUCCACUCCAUGUGGCCUCCAAGUACGGCAAGGUGGAUGUAGCAGAGCUGUUGUUGGAGAGAGGAGCGAACCCUAAUGCUGCUGGAAAGAAUGGUCUGACUCCGCUGCAUGUUGCUGUACAUCACAACAACCUGGAUGUUGUCAACUUGCUUGUCAGCAAAGGAGGUUCACCACAUAGUGCAGCCAGGAAUGGCUACACCGCCCUCCACAUAGCGUCCAAGCAGAACCAGGUGGAGGUGGCUAACAGCCUGCUGCAGUAUGGAGCUUCAGCCAAUGCUGAGUCACUGCAGGGAGUGACACCUCUCCACCUGGCCUCGCAGGAAGGAAGGCCAGACAUGGUCUCCCUCCUCAUCUCCAAACAGGCCAACGUCAACCUUGGAAACAAGAGCGGAUUAACCCCACUCCAUCUGGUGGCACAGGAAGGACAUGUUGGCAUUGCAGAUAUCUUGGUGAAACAAGGCGCUUCAGUUUACGCUGCCACACGGAUGGGCUACACCCCUCUCCAUGUAGCGUGUCACUAUGGCAACAUCAAGAUGGUGAAGUUCCUCCUGCAGCAACAGGCCAACGUCAACAGUAAAACAAGACUUGGUUACACUCCUCUGCACCAGGCGGCCCAGCAGGGACACACAGACAUUGUGACACUGUUGCUGAAGCACGGAGCUCAGCCCAACGAGACAACAACAAAUGGUACUUCAGCUCUGGCCAUUGCUAAGAGGUUGGGCUACAUCUCUGUGAUUGACGUCCUGAAGCUCGUCACUGAGGAGACGGUUUCCAUGACGACCACAGAGAAACACCGCAUGAGCUUCCCAGAGACAGUGGAUGAGAUACUGGACGUGUCUGAGGAUGAAGGAAUUGCACAGCUAACAUUAGGAGAGGAGCUCCUGGGGACAGAAGGGGCCAGGUACAUGAAGAUGGAUGACAUGAAAGACCAUGAUGACGAUUUCCUCUCCCCAAAGAAAUCACUGGAGUACGAGAGAGGGCUGGGCACAGCGAAUUACUCGCCAGCCAUUCCCAGGAUUCCCAGAGUCUCUCCAGAGACCGUUAUAUUGAAAGAACAUGAGAUAGAUCAGCAACACACUCCACUUCCACUGCCCAAAGACUAUGAUGAGGACUCACUGAUCCCCAGCAGCCCGGCGACUGAAACGUCAGACAAUGUCAGCCCAGUCGCCAGUCCCAUACACACAGGGUUCCUGGUCAGUUUUAUGGUAGAUGCUCGGGGCGGCUCAAUGCGAGGCAGCAGGCAUAACGGUCUGCGUGUCAUCAUACCUCCGCGGACCUGUGCGGCGCCCACCCGCAUCACCUGCCGCCUGGUAAAGCCGCAGAAGCUGACCAGCCCCCCUCCGCUGGUGGAGGGAGAGGGGCUGGCCAGCAGGAUCAUCUCCCUGGGGCCAGCCGGGAUGCAGUUCCUGGGACCGGUGAUAGUGGAGAUCCCCCACUUUGCCGCUCUCGGUCGAGGUGACCGGGAGCUUGUGGUGCUGAGGAGUGAGAACGGCUCAGUCUGGAAAGAACAUCGCAAUCGCUAUGGUGAUGAGGUGCUAGAAACAAUCCUCAACGGGAUGGAUGAGGAAUUAGAAAGUCAAGAAGAGCUCGGGAAGAAGAGAAUCCGUCGCAUCAUCUCCACCGACUUCCCCCUUUACUUUGCUGUCGUAUCACGAGUCCAGCAAGAGAGCGACCUGAUUGGACCGGAGGGAGGUUCGCUGACAAGUAAACUGGUGCCACUGGUCCAGGCCACAUUUCCUGAGACAGCAGUCACCAAACGCGUCCGCCUGGGGCUGCAGGCUCAGCCAGUUCCAGAUGAGCUGGUUGCAAAGCUGCUGGGUAACCAGGCAAACUUUAGCCCUGUGGUGACUGUGGAGCCUCGGCGGCGCAAGUUCCACCGGCCCAUCGGCCUGCGUAUACCCCUGCCCCCGUCCUGGAGGGAAAGUCCCCGAGACUCUGGGGAGGGCGACACCACCAGUCUGCGUCUGCUUUGCUCUGUCAUAGGUGGCACAGCCCCAGCCCAAUGGGAAGACAUUACUGGCACCACCAAGCUUUUGUAUGCUAAAGACUGCGCCAGUUUCACAACCAAUGUUUCAGCACGAUUCUGGCUCGCAGACUGUCCUCGGACAGCUGAGGCCGUCUCUUUUGCCAACCUGCUCUAUAGAGAACUGUCAGCGGUUCCCUACAUGGCCAAGUUUGUGGUGUUUGCAAAGAUGAAUGAGCUGCGCGAGGGCCGCCUGCGCUGCUACUGCAUGACCGACGAUAAGAUGGAUAAAACCCUGGAACAACAUGAGAACUUCACAGAGGUGGCUCGCAGCAGAGACAUAGAGGUAAUGGAGGGAAUGCCGCUUCACCUGGAGUGUUCAGGAAAUCUGGUGCCUGUGAGGAAGGCCACCCAGCAGCCUCGCUGCUUCAGCUUCCAGGCCUUCAGAGAUAACCGACUUCCUGUGUCUGUCAAGGUGAGAGACAGCAGUAAAGAGCACACUGGAUUUCUGUCUUUCCUGCGCAAGUCAACCAAGUAUGAGGACAGUCAACAUGUGCUCUGCAACCUCAACAUAACCAUGCCUCCAUGUAUCAAGAUUGUUGGGAGUGAAGACCGGAGGCGAACCCUGACCCCCCUGGCUUUAAGAGAAAGAUACAGUGCCCUAAAUGAACCAGCUAUGGCAUCAAUGAGCGCCAUGGAGAGGACAGAGCUAAAGAUGGCUGUGAUUGCAGAGCAGUUGGGACUGAGCUGGGCUGAGUUGGCACGUGAGCUUCAGCUCAGCGUGGAUGACAUCAAUAAGAUCCGUGUGGAGAAUCCGAACUCGCUGCUGGAGCAGAGCUCUGCCCUGCUCAACCUGUGGGCCACCCGCGAGGGCAAGAGGGCCAAGAUGGAGAGCUUGUACGCAGCUCUGAAGAGUAUCGACCGUAUGGACAUAGUCAACAUGUUGGAGGGCCAGCCGCCUCAGCCCGCGAGACAAGGCUCCCGUGAUCUCAGCAGACGCCGACACAACGACAGAGACAACCUCUCCCCUGGUAUGACCAAUGGUUAUGGGCUCGCACAGGACGAGCUUCUCUCACCGGCCUCCAUGCAGUACAGCCUGCCCUCCCCGCUGGGCGCUGAGCCUUACUGGCAGGAAGUCUCAAGUCUGGACUGUGCACCCAUUGCCACCACAGAAGAAGACACCCUCAUGGAGAUGUCUGAUGUGCAGGUGUGGCCCUCAGGCAACAGCCCGUCCCUGGUGCCCGUGGAGGACUCUUCGUUGGAGUGCAGCAAUGCUGACGAUUCAGAAGGUCUGCUGGGGUUGCCGUACGGAAGUCUGGGUCGGCCGGCUAGUCAGGCCAGCGCAGCCAGCGGAGGGGGUGGGGUGCUGAGUGGCUCCAUUGAGCUUCCAGAAGACGAUUCAGAGAUGGGCGUUGACUCGCUCAGCACUGCCACGCCAGCUUCGCUUGGGGGCACCAUUGCUGGGAUGAAUCUUAACGGGCUGAACAAUGGUCAGGGGUCAGAGGCAAGUUCGGAGGUAUCAGCACUCACCAGUACGACUGGUGGAGAUGGAGCUGGAGGAGGAGGAGGAGGAGGAGGGACGGGCUCAGAGGAAGGGCUUUGUCUUGUUGCAGGACAGCAAAGGGUGUAUGCUCGGCUGAGUGAGUCACCUGGUCUGAGCUGUGUUGCAGACCGGAAUGGAGACAGGUCAGGUAACAGUGGAAACGGAGGCAGUGGAGGCUCUUUCCUUUCCUACCUGCAGGAACAGACAGGCCCGGGGUGGAUCCCUGUCACUGACCCUACACAGGCCUGGGUGGGCAGUCAGCCCAAACCCAGGCAGGCCAUGGACACCAUGAUAUCAUCAGUAUGUAACGCUGUGGAUGGAGACCAGUCCCGUGUGUCCCAGGAAGCCUUGCUCCAGCCUGUGAGGGACAUGGGGCACUCAGAGAUCUUACGGGGCCACUUCAGAGGUACCCAGCCAUUUGAGAAGGGUUUGGGCUUCCCGCACAGGGUACCAGAGCUGAGGGCCUGGGACGACGUGCGCCUGAAGGGCCAGGGCGAUGAGGUUGAAGAUCUUCCUGGGGAGCAUGUAAGCGAGGAACAGUUCACGGAUGAACAUGGAAACAUUGUCACAAAAAAGAUCGUGCGUAAGGUUGUGCGCAGAGGGAAGGGUUCAGGUGAGGAGGGGGUUCAGGAGGUGAGCCUGGAGGGUUCUCUGCAGGACGCCAACGAGCUGGAGGUUGAUGCUGAGCAGUUCAUGAGCUACGCCAUCCUGGGCCGGGACAGCAGCAAGCCCGAUACAGUGGAUGUGAAGAAAGGUGCUCAGAUAGUGAAAUGUGCCAGUCUGCGGAGAGUUAAGCAGUGAGGCAGACUGAGUGCUGCGUCCCCGCAGAGUUCUCCACAGGAUUCAACCCCUUCACCAAAACCAUCCUACAUGGACACAUGACCAGCAGCAGCUGACAGGAGGAAGAACACACAUUAAAAAGGCAGACAGACAGAAAUGAACAGCAACGCCAUGACAACCACAGCGGCUAUGCCGACUAUCAGCACGCACCAGAAGAGAGAAGGAUACGGAUUUACUUGUAGUUUUUAUUACCUUUUUUUUUUUUCUUUUUUUUUUUAAAGAAACCGUGGAAAAAAAACAUCUACUACUAGGCUAGAAGCAUGAUUUCGUAUAAAACAAAAAACAAACACAAACAAAAAAAAAGAACAAAAAAACAAAAACUAGCAACCAAAACGUGCUUCCUGUUAUCUGUAUCAGCAUGAGUGACUGCUGCCGCAUGGCCUGUCUUUAACUACAAAUACUGAGGGAAUAUAAGGGUGGGGAGGGAUGGGGAGGACACACUGCUGUAUGGGACAGGCAUGCAAUGUAGGGAAUGGUCAAUCACUGGCCUGUUUUCUAAACCAACAGGGAAAAGUUUAUCACUAAGAAAAGGGGAGACUAAAAUACUGAGAAUUACAUAAUCUCUAGGCAACAGGUUACUCCCCCUCCUCCCUGCCACACUCGUCCAGCUAAGAGCAUCACAAACUAGUUUUAAAAUCUGUCCCAGUGCUCUCAAAGUCCAGUAAAGCUACAAUUAUCACCCAAGGAUAUCAGUGUUGUACAUAAUAUCGUAUGCACUAAAAUGCUCUAUACGUGACUGUGUGUUACGUGUGUUGUUUAUGUUAUAAGAUCCCUAUGCGAUGCCACUGAUGCUGCUGUUUCAGGUACAUACGAAAAUCCCUCCCCGUUUUUUCUCGUUUGGUUCGUUCGGUCUGAAUCUAUAUAUUAUUCUAUAUAUCUUGAGAUCUUUGUGGGUACAAGAACAUGCAAAUGUUGUGUCGCUCUGCCUGUUUUUAAACGUCAGAUUUUUGUGCGUCAGGUCGUUUGUUUCUUUGUGCUUUUCAUGUGCUUUCACACUUUGCUUUUGACAUGUCAAACUGUAGAGGGAAGACAUGCUGUAAGUCGUUUACUGUGCUGUGGGUUUCGGGGCUUUGGGAGGCAGGUUUCUGCAGCGAGCCUGCCUGCCUCCCUCACCUUCCCUCAGAGUGGUUUGCCUUGUGGAGAGGGUGACAAUGAGAUAUGUGAUGAGUGACAGAUUAUCGUGAGAGAUUAACCUACUCUGCCAUCCCACUCCUCUGCCUUUUCUUGUCCCCGGUGUGCCGUAUACAAUUGUGAGGUUUGUGUUAAUCAGAUGUUUGUCUGAGCCAAAAUCCCCUCACCCUCUACUUUGCCCUUAUGGCCCUACCUCUCACCCCUCUCACCCCUCCAGUCGGCCUCUCAGAGUAGAUGUAGCAGUCCUGUCCAACAGCCCCAGCAGGCGGCAGGAUCUCACCUUCAGCUCGUAGCAGUGUGUGUUUGACCUCAUCGUGCAGUAUAUGACACCACCACACAUAAGGUGCACUUACAGAUCAUCUCACCACCACCAGAAGAUGUCACCUGAUGCGAGUACAGUAGCUGAAAUGCUGGUAAUAAAUGUAGCACUGGUUUGACUGGGUAGAAGACGAAGAGUCAGCUGGAGUAAGGAAAGUGUCGCAUCGAGGGUCGAGGACGUGUUGAGCUUUGAUGUUUGUCUCCUUGGCAACUGAUCGGAGAGUAGCAAAGACAGUCAGUCACCAAUCACUGUGAUGAGAAACUGUAAUACUGACCCGCAACUGUGAGCCUGACCCUUCCCGAAGCGUGUCUCUCGUUUCACUCUCUUUUUUUUGUCAUGAUUUACUGUCUUAACUGUACUUCAGAAGAAGCAAUAACUGCUUAUAAAAGGAAAGGAUUGUUUGUGUGAGUGUGUUUGAGUGUGUGUGUGUGUGUGUGUUUAAGAGAGAGGAUUUUAGGAUCAUAGUUGUGUUCAGAUCAUGUUCUUCCUAAGCUUGGGCUCUCCAUCUGUCAAUCACAGCUUUAAGCUACUCCUCACUCCACUCAGAAAUGAUGUCAGUACAUAAGUAUCCAACAUUUCAUCACUUUGCCUCUCUAGAAAAGAAGACGAUUAAGUUUUACACUAAGACUGGUAUGACAUCAUACCAGCCAUCCCAUCUGCAAAGUGCCCAGUGUCUGGUUUUGUUACUCAUCAGGGAAUGUAGGUGUGUUUAAUCAUAGCUUUUAAACCUUAACGACAUUCAUAUGCACCUUGAAAGAAAUCCUAUUGAAUGUGCGAGUGUGUGUGAGUCUGUGUGUGUGUGUGAUUUUAACAUAUUCAGUCCUGGAUAUUGGGACAUGUCAAAGUUGUGAUAAUAUCACAGGAAGUAAUAUUGCUAAUGGACAAAGAGCAGAGGCUCUCAGAUUAUAACAAAUUCACAUAUUUUUUAAAAGUUGAUUUACCUCAAUAAGCGUGCCAUCUCACAUGAUAUCAAUUAUCUACAUGCAUUUGUUUUUUCAAACGUUAUGUUAGACAGUGAAUGCUUUAUUAUGGAAAAAUAUUGUCAGUCACACAAACGUUGCAAUAAUCACCCAUCAAUAAGUGUUUGUUUUAGUACGGCUUCACAGCCAGAGAUGAUGAAUGUAAAGUCUUGGUAUUCUGUAAGUCUUGUUAUGAAGUAGUCAUCUGUGUUGGCUCUGUACUUUAGUAGAUGAUAGGGUAUUCACUCUGUUGUUUCAGCUCUAUAUCUGCUGUUGAUCAUCAACAUUCAUCAUGAACAUACAUAUAAAUCAUGGAAGAGGAGAGAUUUAAAGGGAAAAGCCUCAAAUGGGUUUUGGACAUUUUAACAAAUAUCCCUUCAUCAGAUAUGAUUUCUAUUUUAUUAUCUUUUUUAAUAACCACAAAAAGCUAGAUGUCAAUAACAAUUACACAGCAGUGUAAUAGCAUACUUAUAAUUAUGGUGUGCUUGGACUGGUUUCUGAAGCAGGGGGUCGUUUAUAAAUCCACUGCUGAUGUCAGGGUUGGAGCAAAGGGAGGGGGUCUAAUGAAGAGACAACAAGAAGGAGCACUUUGAAGUCAGAUGGAAGCAUUGUGGGGGAGGCGUAGUGGCUCCGACGGCUAGUCUUUCAAGAUGACAAGCAUUUUUCCUCAACACAACCCACCCCUAAUCUAUUUCUGCCCCCUUUACCAAAUAUAAGACUGAGCCGAUUCUAAGGCUCCCACAUGGUGACACUUUGAACGCGGUUUGAAAGGAGUAGUCCGACUAAGUGCAAGCAGAGGAAGGAGUGGUUACAGAAAAACGAACAAUGGGAAGCCUGCACUGAGGGACCACUGAGACGAUGCCAUGCACCAAGUUCAUGCAAAAAUAUUAACUGUUGCAAAAACUAGAGAACACAUGUAUAUUCCUUUAGAAUGGAUUGAAGACAUUAUUAACGCAAUAGCAUAUUACUCAAUACUAAGGAAUGCAACUGCGCACAUGCACAGAAAAUGUUUUUAACAUAAAAGGCUAUAUAUAUAUAUGAAAUAUAUGAAAAUAUAUAUAAAUAUAUAUAUAAAUAUAUAUUUACUUAGAAUGCUAUGCACCCUUACUUGUCAACUGGGAUUCUAGUUAUGUUAUGGAUGUACUUUUAGCAUCAUACAGCUGUAGCUACCAAGAGACUGUUGAGUUCUGGGUAAUGCCUGCAACCUGGGGAUAAAAUAGGGGUCUUCUGGGUAUUUUAACCUGUUUUGUUUGCUUUUUUUAUUGUUAUGGAGAGUCAAACAUGAAUUUAAAAUAUACAUGUAAAAGCCUUUUAAUCCAAUCAAAUCCGAGAACAUCUGUUGACAAUUUACUCUGUACACCAGCUCAACAUUUACAAAAUUAA